UACAUUUGUUUAAAUGUAGCAAACCUAGUUAAUAUGUCUCCGCAGGUGUAAAGGUUGUUUUAUAUUUUAUUUCCUUGAUCUAAAUGGUCUAUGGCUUUUAAAAAGGUAAGUUGAACGUAUUUUUAAGAUUGAUUUGUUGUCAUAAUACGUUUAAGAAUUUCGAGCGGUAUGAAAACUACCCCUUGCGAAGGUAUACCACCUAGACAGCAAAAUCAACUACUGCGCACUAAGUUUUUGUAAAGAUAAGAAUUAUCAUCACGUUAUUAUUGAUUUCAAGCUUUGAAAGAUGUUCUCAUUAGGUAUUAGCAGUUGUUGUGGAAGUUCUGUAGGAAUAAUUGGAAUCAAGUAGUUUUCUGUAAUACAUCCCCAGGCGUACGAUAAUGCUGUAAUAAAGCUAGCAAAUUUCGAAUUAAAGCUUUUGUCUGUAGUGAGUAAUUUCUGUAAUGACUCUUAAAUGGUUGGAUGUUCCUCGCAAAAUAAAACUGUCUUGUUUGUCAGCAUCGUUGACACUAACUCAGUAUUCUGCGCCUGUUUCCGGGCAUUAAUAGCAGAUGUUCAUGGUGACCGGUUAGUCAUCCAGAGUUUUAGUUUUCUUGUGCUAAACCAUGGGUGGAGUAAUCCAGUUGUGUCACAGUUUUGACUCCAAAGGCUGGAUUACUCACUGUUCUAGAGUUGAAAGUAUGGUUUCGUAGAGACCUUCGCAUCGCUAUCAAACAGCAGUUUCACUACUUGAGUGUGCUUUCUUUGUAUAUUAGAUCAUCUGGUAAUGUUUAUUCAGUUGCACUUGACUUUGUCUUUUCUAUUGCGACAGUUAAUGGACAGUUUUCUCGCUAUCAUUACUGACCAUGAAUCUCAGUGCUGCUUGUUGGUCAGAGCUUUGAACUGUGGUGACGAUAUUCUAGACUGAAAGAUAAAUGUAGCUGGCAAGGAACUUCAGGUUCAUAUGGGUACAUGUGGAUUGGCGUUUUAGGGGACGCGUAAUUAGGAUGAAAUUUAGAAGCAUCGUCUUCCUAAAGGAAUGCUGUAAAAGGGCGAGAAUAUUAGACAGGUUAAUAUCAGUAUACUUUUAUUUGUUAUGAAUGUCUAACUUAUUUGGUCCAGAUAUGUGGAGUUAAUGCGAUUAGUCAUUUGAAGGUUGUUGGUGCAUUCUUUUUCUUUGGACAUCCACUUAAAUUUAUCAAGUGGAAUUGUGCAAAUUUCUGUAUGCAUUGGACUUCUAUUUUUACAUGGUUGUGACGCUAAAACUAAAUUCAUUGUGCUUUUUUGGUGUGCUGACAUGAAGCAGUGUAUUUCCGCGUGGUCCCAUACUGUUAUACUUAGUAUUAGCGAAUCUUCAUCCACUUAGAUGGCCAGAAAUAUUACGUGUGGGUUAGAAAUAGAAAUCCGUGGCACACAUGAAGCCGUCUUCCAUUAGUCAAUGCUGUUUGGAAAUGUUUGCUUUUGUAUAAUUGCCUCUGAAUGCUAAGUACCGAUGGUUAGAAUUUUUUACCGAAUUGCAGUUGCCAACACUCGUUUUCCAAGUGUCGAACACUCGCCACCAAAUUUCCACCUUUUCGUACAAUUCAUUUUUGUCUAUUUCAGCGUUUUUCUCUUUUGUUCUGUCUGAGUCUGUGGUUAUCACUUUAUACGUCGGGUUGUCAUAAAUCUGUGAUUUAGUAAGCUUAACUGCUUUUAUUCGAGCAACUAAAAUCCAUUAAUAUUUUGUCUACGAGUCUUAGAUGUGCAUCUUUCAAAUGGGAGUUCCAAUCUGAUAUUUGUACUGUUAGCACUCACGCCCCUCCAAACUUCUGUGAAAACUUUCUUAUUCACAUAAAUGAUCCAGGUCAUUUUGCAAUUUGUGCAUGCUUCCGCUUUGUCAUUGUCAAAAUACACAGGAAUAUGUGAUCACAGCUCAGAAAAGAGGACCCUUGUCAAUUUAUUAUCAAAAGCACUAAAUUAUUUGAUAGUCUAUUAGCUUUAACUCGGUCGCUAAAUCAAUUAGCUAACUCAGGUAUGUUCUGUAGAGAACAGUUGAGUUUGAGAGAUAUUACACUUGGUGGCAUUCAUGUAAGUGUUGUCAUUGAAUCUCAUGGUAUGCUUUCAGGUUGUGUAAGAUGAUGUGCCUUAAAUGCUGAGUUUAGCUAAUAUAUGCCCCUCUUUUCACCCACAAAACUAUUUAAUUUUGUAAACAUUUUAGGACAUUAAAUGUCUAAAUUUAAAAUCGUCAUAACCAACGCUAGCAGAUAUCGCUGAGUCCUAAGUUUUAUACAGUAAAAUGCUUGUCUUCAGGAUAUAUGUUGGAGACUGAUAUCAGUACUUGGGUUGAGAGGUGAAAUAAACCUGUUUUUCUUGAUCCUCAGAUAACACAAACUCCCAUCAUCAGUAUCUUUAUGAUUUAAAGUUUAUAUUGUUUCAUCCUCCGAGUUAGAUAAGAUUAGACCUAUGUUCAAACGAAAGCACGACAUUUUCACAGGGCUGUGAACUGCCGACUUUAAGCUACAUGAGGAAUUAAAAUGCACUCGUGAUUUGUAAUUAACCGCAACCAAUAGUUGUUAAUUGUUCCUAGCAUGUCUUAGGAUGGUUGCGGUUUAUUCUGUUCUUUCCUUUGUUUUAAUCUUAGCAUUUGUUUACGUGGUUCUUUGUCUUGGUCUUUUGUGUGGUUUUGGUAUUAACGGGUAAAUCGUCUCCCUUCACGUGCAUGUGGAAUGUGUGACAGUGAGGUAGCUGUAUUAGGAUUUUUUUUUGUAUAUUACUCAACCAGUUUUUCAGUUAUUCGUGCAUAUGCAUUGCAACUUAUGCGUGAAUGAUUAGAAUGGAAGCAUUAUUUCCUCCAGCUACGACAUUCUUAUGUUUCUGGUUUGAUCGAUUCCACGUGUGAUAUGCUCAUUAAAUAUACUAGAUUCUGUCGUUAAUUAUUGUACUGGCAUCACGCACCUGUAGGUGAGAAUCUUACUUCUCUCCACCUAUAAAUGCAGGAUGUUUAUGUAAAUUACAUUUUGCUUAUGAAUUUAUUUUUACUUUUCUAAGCAUAUCAUAUUGAAACUUACAUACAUUGUUCAAACUUGUCUGUGUAUUUACGAACUAUGUUCCAGCUUUCUAUCGCACUUCAGCCUAAAGUACUAUGUUUGGGUAACCUAUGGCUAUCCGUCUCACCACCACUACUAGGUAGAAUUAUAUAUAUAUAUAUAUCGUGAGGGCUGGUGUCUGGUUUUCCAAACCUCAGUAGGUAGAGCGGGAUGAAAGCUUGUGACCCCCUUGUUGAAGAACAUUGCAAUAAGCUGCGGAGCUUUUCGUACCUAAGGUCACAUUUUAUCUCAACUUGACCGUGCUGUUUCACUUAAUGUAGAUAACAAAGCAAACACAUAUUCAACCAAAACGUACAUUGCCAUUGGUCCUCUCUAUAAUAAAAACUAUUUUUCGUAAAUGAGCUUUCUCCGAUGGAAUAAAUAAUUAUUUCUCAGAUUAGUGGCACGUUCGGAAGACUUUUCUACAUGUUCAUGUGGCAUCUUGGGAAUCUGUAUUCAUAAAGUCGUACAACAUCCGGUUUAUUACUGUGGUAUCGCUGAGGUUAAUUGCUGUUUCCACUUAUUAAGUGAAGACAUGUAAUCACGGCUGUUGUAUAUGUUCUUCGGUAUCUAUCUGUUCGCUCCAUCUCUGAACAUUUAAACAGAUGUACUCGCGCUUUUUGAUCCGAUUUCAACUGACGGAGCUGUAUGUCGUGUUAUGUAGUUGUUAAAAUAGCUUGCGGAUUUAAAGAAUUCUUAAAGAUGGUUGUCCUCAAUAGAAUCAGGUAAAGCAAAGGUGAAAAGACUGGUUGACAGCGGGCAUCACAAAUUGUUAGUAGUUUACUGAAAGCAGGUAUACAGGAGGAAAAUUCAAUGUUCGGUGUUUUAUACUUGAUAUUAAUCAUAUACCACAACUAUUUUCGACUUAAUUCAUUGUUUUCUGUUUUUCAAAAAGGGUUUAGUGGGAUGAACGGCGAUAUCUCCCGCAUCCCUAUUCAGUCACUGAGUGCUGUAGUUAGUUUAACGGAUAUUAUACCUGAGUUACCGUUGCCCACUCCUUUACAUUCUGGAUCCAGUGCAGAAACUUUGUUAUAUGACCCUUCUCACAGUCUUCACUUUGGUCAUGCUCAACUUGUGGGUUACCUUAGUGAAGCCCUUGGGAAUGUUUGUACAAAUAAUAUUGAUUUUAAGGAAGGAUUUGCUAGUGAUAUAAUCGAUCCAAAUCUAUUGCCCGAACCUCUUGUUAGCUCCUUAAAAAAACUACCUGUUUUCGAACAAAAAAGAGGGUUUUAUGGGCUAUCUUCUCAAGAGUCAUAUCAUCAAGUUAAUACUGUUACUAAUGCAUAUAAAGUACAGCCUAGUUCCUGGGGUUCAUCUCUAGACCAACCACUUUCUUCUGAGACUCAUCUUUAUCCUAAUUCAUUUGAAGAACCAAGUGGAUCACCCAAUAAAAAGAAAAAGAAGCGUAAGAAAAAGAAGCAUAAACAUUAUGAGGAUGGUGAUACAAGUGAAACGGGAGGUGAAUCAAAUGCUACUACUCCAGCGGCUUGUGGUGGCACCACUCCGAAUAAAUUUGAUGACAAUUGUUUGUCUCCUGCUUCAACGUACGGUGUUGUGAAAGUGAAUGAUGAUACUAAAAAGCUUUCUUUAAAGAUUUUUAAACGCCCCACAAACGAUGGUUCCCAGCCCGUUUUUAUGGUGGAACAAGUGGGUGGUGCUGAACCGGUUAAAAAGGAAAAGAAAAAGAAGCGAAAUAAAGAAAAAGAUCGUGACCAUCGAUUACAUCACGAAAUUUCCAAAUCACCAGCAGAGAGGCAUGUUCAACAGACAACACCAUCAUCUGUAGAUAUGACAGUCAAAACACAUAACACUCCUACAACAAAUAGUCCCGCAAGCACACCAGCAGCUAACGAUGGUUGCAAAAUAUUAGAAUCUACCCCUUCAACGUUUAUUCACAAUUGCCACUCCAAAGAUCCUUCCCAAUUGGACUUGUCACUUAUGACAAGUGAAGGUUUGUUUGAUAACUUGAAUUCUAUGAGUAAUUUGUAUCAGCAACCCCAGUCUCAGUCUACUUCUAGCCUUCCCAGUACUCCUGCUUCAAGUUCUGGGAAUGGUAGAGCACUGACGUCUAGUGGUUGUGCUCCUUUCACAUGUACGUACAGCAUUUCCGAGACCACACAGGCUAAUGCAUUCACCUGCAAGUCAAAUAUGUUCUAUGAAUUGUUACGAAAUAACGAUCCUACUAUGGCACUCAAACAUCUUGCAGACAGUGUCCCUAAUGAUUUAUUUAUUCCGUCUAGUUCAUCUGCUCCUAAUGCUCUUGGUUCUGUGUGCAACAUGAUGGAUUUUGCUUCUAAUUUCCUGCAAAAUGAAAUGCUUUCCUCAAAUUCUUCUUAUAACCAGUUUCCACUUGGUAUUAAUUCUUUAGCAAAUUGUGAUAGCUCUACUGUUCCGCGGAUCAAUUUCCCUUCACAGCCAUCUACCACUAAUGCUUCUUCGUUUUUAGUCGCAUCGCACUUGAUCGACUCUAGUCAAUCAUCUACUGUUACUGCUGCUGACUCCACUUUCGACGUAUUGGGUGGUAUAUUAAGCAAUUCUUGCUAUACACCUGUCACAGAUGUGUGUCCUGCCACCUUCGCUGCCAAUUUUGAUAUGCCUGGUUUGCCUCCAGAUUCCAGUACUCAUCAUGUUCCCAUGGGGAUUGCAAGUUAUCUCUCUGCUCCUACUCAAACUGUUACAAGUGUCCAAAAUCAAAAUGAUUCACGAAUCCAAAGUCGUGAAUCUGUUCGUAUGGACUCCACACCAACGAUUACUAGUACUCCGCAGCCAUGGUGGAAACGAAAAAGCAAUUCUGUUUUAAGAAGACGAAAGCGUCGGAAAAAUGAACUCGAAGAUUUACAAUCUUGGACUGUUAAUUAUCCAGUUAGUGGACCUGGUAUGUCUAAAUCUGUGGCUGAACGAACUAAAGGCCCUGAUGAGCGGACCUGGGAUGAUGCCAUUGGUUCUUAUAGUCAGGUCCUUGGUGAACGUGCCAAAAAGCGGAAAAGAAUGGUCAAACAAGGUGGAAAUUUGGAUCCAGACUAUGUUUUUGAGCAUGACAAGGAUUAUCCGAAUGAUGGAGACAGUGAUCAUGGUAGCAGUGAACCCAGUGGUACUCUCGAUCUCACAAACGAUUCUGCCGGGACCAACGAAACCACCCACAAUACGAGAGAAAUGCGCUCAGGGGCUGCCAAUCGUUCGUAUGCUGGCAUGGAUGAUGAUGAUGAGGAAGUCUUGACUGGUCAUACAGCUUGUCCAAAUGGUUCUUCAAGUGCUAGAAGACGAAAGAAGCUUGAUGAUGAUGAGCCCUUUGAAGUCCGUUUGAAGGAGCCUGUGGAAGCCCGCUUCCCGCAUAUACGUAAAGCAUCGGAAUCUGCUCGCAAGCGACGUGAACGUGUGAGUUUUGGUGUCAUGUCGUCAAAUAAUUUGCCUGACAAACGAAAUAUGUCUAGAGAUCCGAAUGCAGGAGGUGAAACAGGAAGCCUUAAGCGAUUUCUCAACAGACUGUCAAAUAUUUUGGAAUCCAUUGAAGAAACAGAACUUUUGAAAAGUCUUGACGGCAUAUCAAACGUUGAUGAUCAUUCACGCAAACCAAAUGGUGAAGAUGGAUUUCCUUAUGCAGACAAAGAGAGUUUGCUGACAGAGACUGUUAUAUCAGCUGAAGACUUGGCAGAGUUCUGUCGUGAUGCUGCGAAAUUGAACUCUGUGGGUGUUGCCAAUCAGAUUCCCACUGGACGAUUGCUCAAUUUUCUUACGCUCUUAUUACUAAAUAUCCGGGAUGGUGCAAAUGUGAUCGCCGUGUUAAGACCUGAAGAGGAAGCUGAUGCUCAUGAAAGCAAACUAUGGAAAGAGGUGGCUAUGGAACGAGUAAUGCGCAGUAUGAACUCUGGUCUAACUGCGUUAUUGCUGAUGACUUCGAAAGAUAUGCCCAGAGAAGUGUAUGUGGAAGAUGUUAUCGAGCGUACUGUACACAGUGUCAGAUUUCAGUUAUUCAAUUGUAUUUACCCGGAAUUCGAUCCCGCUUAUCGUGUCGAAAAUGCAGCUAAAGAAAAUCAAAGCAGUAUUAAAUCUCGACGUGCUCGUGAACGCGAUGCACAGAAACCAAAAUCCAUAAUCCAUCUCUAUCACAAACUCGUGGAGAUUAUCUCUAAUCUAUCAAAACUUGUGAAAAUGCAAAGAUUGACCGAUAGUCUCGUUCUUACGUUGUCUAGUGUUGGUGUUUCUGUGUUCUUUGUUGAAAAUGUUGGUGAGCUACAACUUGCAGCCCUGGAACUGGUAACCGCAAUAUUUGCCCAGUAUGAGACUCACCGGUCGCUGAUAAUGGAGGAAAUAUUAGCCAGUUUAUCUCGUCUUCCAUCGAGCAAAAGAAAUUUGCGUACUUACAGAUUAAAUAGUGAGGAUAGUAUUCAAAUGCUUACUGCGCUAGCGCUAUUGUUAGUGCAGUCUGUAGUGAACCUCCCGGACCCGUCACCAAUGAAUUCAGACAACUCCCACGCUCCCUAUCAAUGUCCUACUGCUGCUGCGUCAUCUGAUGGAAAUACACUUCAAAAGGCAGAUGAUGAAGUUACGAUUAUCAAUUCUUAUCACAAUGCUCUUCGUACAGCUCACACCUUCCUAUUAGUUUUUCUUCGGAAGUCAACAAUGAAAGGUGAAGAUGACUAUAGAAUUAUAUUUGAGAAUUUUGUUAAUGACCUGCUUCUAGCCGUCAAUAAACCAGAAUGGCCGGCUUCGGAGGUUAUGCUUAGUCUUCUUGGUAGCCUUCUGGUACAACAGUUCAAUAACAAAUCACUUGAUCAAAGUGUUCGUGUUGCGAGUGUCGACUACCUAGGAACAGUGGCAUCCACACUACGUCGUGAUGCUGUAACUAGUCAGUUGAAGGAAAACGAUGUCGAUGCUGUUAUUCGCGACCUCCUUGAAGGCAAUCAGUCGGAUGACGAUGAAGAUGACUCCGAAGAAGAUUCUCAGGACAACGUUAAAACUGAUGAUACGGGAGAUAUAAACGGUGAACACGAAUCUAAUUUGGAUGUAGAUAAAAAUAAGUCAGAAUCAGAUAUUCAUUCAGUUGAUUCUGUAUCAACUACAGAAACUCCAAAGUAUCCUAAUGGGAAUGGUUACAACUGUACAAACUUGAAGUCCAUUAACAAGGUAGAAGAAGCAAAAUGUGUUAAAAACAAAGGCGUAAAACAGAAAAAAGAGGAAAGAAAUAAACAUGUAGAUCCUAUCUCACAACUGGAUCGGGUUCAAGCUCUACGUGAUGCCAUUUUAGACUACCUAGCAGCAGAGGAGGCCAGCCCCACAGCAGUUUAUGCCCGAAAAUUUUACUUAGCUCAGUGGCUUAAUGAUUGUACGAAGGAAACAGAACGGGCUCAACGAAGUGUGAUACAGAAGAAGAAUCAGAAUGCAAUAAUGAAUGGUGAAAUCGAAGCAACUAGUGCAACCAAAAGCUUGUCGGACGUUGAUCAGGAAAUAGUUUUAGCGAUUGCAGAAAGAAGGAGACAACAUAUUUUAUCGAAGGUGAGGGAAGCCCCACAAGCUUGGCGACAGCGUAGGUGUCUCUGGAACAAUUCACUACCACUUAAUGAGAAGCAAAAGCAAUCUGGAAAUAUUUGCAGCCCGGAUGCAAUUCACGAAACAACACUUGUUUUCCAAGGCACAUUAGAUUAUGAAGACUGUUGUUUGGUGUGUCGCUAUCUCGCAAGUCUUCGUCCAUUUUCUCAAAGUUUUGAUGUUUACUUAUCACAAAUUUGCAAGUUGUUGAGCGAGUCAUCUGUGGCUGUUCGUACGAAAGCGCUGAGGUGUUUGUCAGCUGUAGUGGAGGCUGAUCCUAAUGUCUUAGCUAGAGUGGAUAUCGAACGUGCUGUACAUUCUCGCCUUUUAGAUACUUCAACUUCUGUUCGUGAAGCAGCUGUAGAUUUACUUGGUCGAUUUUUAAGCUGUAGACCUGAGCUUACUGCUCAGUAUUAUCCAAUGUUAGCUGAACGUAUACGCGAUAAAGGUGUCAGUGUCCGCAAGCGAGUCAUUCGGAUUCUUCGCGAUAUCUGUCUUGAGCAACCAGAUUUUCCAAGAGUUGCAGAAAUAUGUGUUAAAAUGAUUAGACGUGUGAAUGAUGAAGAAGGAAUCAAGAAACUUGUUCAUGAGGUCUUUCAAACAAUGUGGUUUACUCCGGUACGUGAAAGGGAAACUGUGAAGCUGCUACGAAAGGUAAUGAAUAUCACGGAUGUUGUUGGUGCUUGUAAGGACACUGGUUACGAAUGGUUUGAACAGUUUUUACGAACUCUCCUGAAAAAGGAAGAGGCUGAGAAAGUUAAACCAGUCGAAAAGGCAUGCAAACAGAUAGCGGAUUGUUUAGUUCAAAAUAUUAUGCGAUUGGAAGAGAUUUCAAGCCAAAGCAAUCAAAGACUAGUCGCGUGUUUAGCAACACUUCAUUUGUUGACCAAGAUUAGACCGGAACUAAUGGUACAAUACACCAUGGUACUACAACCGUAUUUGUCAAUUCGGUGCAAUAAUGUUUCAGAUGCUCAGGUAUUGCAUUAUGUCGCCAGGAUAUUAGAAGCUACGCUACCGUUGGUGGAGCAUCCUAGUGAAACAUUUGUGGCACAACUUGAAGAAGAUAUGGUUCGUCUAACACUGCGCCAUGGGAAAAUGGUUCUGGAAUCUUGUGUUGCGUGUCUUGGAGCAGUUGUUAACAAAGUUUCAAAAAAUUACUCUUUAGCAAGAGAUUGUUUCACGCGAUUUUUCAACGCUCUUCAAAAGUUUCGUAACGAACUGUCAGAUGAUCCAGAACGCAAAAUUUGUCCGACUAUCCGUCCUACGAUUCUUCGUGCUUUGUUCACUGUGGGUUUAUUAUGCAAACACUUUGACGCAGAUGUUUUCCAAUCGAGCAAAACUUCUAAUAUUCGAGAUCAGGUGUUUGAAACAUUGAUGUUUUUCACUGAACAAGUCAAAUCAGAUAUAGAGAUGCGGAAGAAGGCAUUGUCCGGUCUAGGCUUCCUCUGUACUCGUCAUCACGAGUUACUCUGUGGUCCUCGGUUAUGCAAAUUUUAUCAUGAUCUUUUGCAAGCUUCGUGUGAUGAUAUCAAGUCUAAACAAUGUGAUCACCAAUUGGAAUUAAAGUACAUCGUACUAGAGAAUUUGCUAAAUUUUUUCCUUGAGGAAGAAAAACGAAUGUUAGAAGCAGACGCAAAAUGGAAGGCUAGACAACAUCAAGAAUCAUUAAAAGAAAUGGGCGAUAUCGCCUCAGGUAUGGGGAGCUCAGUUGCACAAACAUAUCUUAGAGACAUACUCGAGUCAUUCUUUUCACCAUUUUUCACUGUUCGUCUUACUGCCUUAUCAGUUAUCACAACAAUUCUUCGUCAAGGUCUUAUUCAUCCAGUCCAAACCGUACCUUAUCUGAUAGCUAUGCAAACCGACGUUGAUCCAAAUAUACGUAUUAAAGCUGAUGCUCAACUUCAAGAAAUCGACACGAAAUUUCCUGGUUUCUUGACGAUGAGAGCUGCACAGGGUGUGAAUUUAUCGUAUCGUCUCCAAAUUGUUUUGUAUAAUGAGCUGCGCGAGAAACCGAAAGUAAAUCCUAGUGGAUCCUCACAACAAAUUGGCUCACCUGAAUUAUCAAGUGUUCAUAAGUCCACUAACAUUAUUUCUGUCCGUCGAAGUAGUCGCAAUAAAGUUGAGACUGAUAGCUUAGGUUCUGAUGAUAACUCCAGAUGUACAUUGCCUACGAAUGUUCCUGAUCACCAAUCUUCUUUCAAUGUUCCGGAAGACUCUUUUGGUGCUAUUCGUGGGACCAGAGAUCCCUUCAGUGAAGUCCCUACUGCUCUCAACUCAAAUUUGUAUUCUAUGCUGAGAAAUAAUAAAAGUCAACGUCGUUCUCUACUAAACGGCCUCAUAUCACUCUUUGAUGACUCGCAGAGGAUUUCUCUUAGUCAGUUAGUUUAUGUUGCUGAUAAUUUGGCACACUUUCCCUAUCAAUCGCAAGAAGAACCAUUGUUUGUUGUCCAUCACAUAGAUUUGAUGGUUAGUAUGGCAGGUUCGGGAGUUCUGAAUAAUGUUCGUGAGGCACUUUUCCCAGAGUUAAAAGCAGCUCUUGAGGCUGUCGUCGCUGCUCAGCUUGAAGCUGAUGCGAAGAACCGAGCGCAGAUGGAAAUGCAAUUACGUGCCGAACUUCAGGCACAGCACGCUGCUUCAACUGAAGCUCUCAGCAGAGGUGAUCAUGCUACAGCUGGUUUAUUCAACGAUCAAAUUCAGCAUACUAUCCAACGCAUAAACAGUCUGAAUUCGUCUAACCCCGCAGUAAUAGGAAGCAGCUCAUCCACGACUGAGCUGUCUUCCAACACCCUUUCCGGACGCGAAAGUUUUUCCAGGGUUGAUUUGGGUCCUUUUGAAAUAGAGGAAGAGGAAGAUCCAGUUGCACUCUUCGACAGGUUAUCUAAAUCACGUCAGACAACUCUACCUAUAAUGCGAGAUGCUAUUCGUACAAGUCGUGCAUGUGUUUUAUUAUUGACGCUUAAACAAUUUCUAAAGGAAUCAUACUGUAUCACUGAUGGAAAGAUUCAGCGUUACUCGCCUUCAGAUUCAGCUAAGUUGUGGGAGAAGCCGUUGACUCGGCGCGUUGGUGUUCAUUUUCAUCCCUUACCAUGCUUGAAAGCUGCUGGGAUGGAACUUCACAAAUCGGAGCUUGUUUCUCAUUCACAGCCGUCUGUUAAAAGUGACCUUAAUACCGAGGAAAACUUAUCAGCUGAAGAUGUUGCCGAAAAAGACGAGGAUAUUGAAUGUACGAGUGAAAUGCAGUCCCUUGUACAAGAUUAUCUCGAUUUCCGCAAGCUGAUACUUACUAUUGAUCCUCCUGGCGAAGAAGAAUUAGGAGCAGAAGACUUGAAUACUUCAUUACAAUCUCUUGGUGGAACAGUCGCUGACGAUCCUUGCAAUACAGCUUCAGACUGUGCUCAGUUGAAUAAAGGUCGGUCUUUAAGAACAGUGGUACCUCAGUUACACAAUAAAUCUUCAGAGGAAGAUAAUGAUUCGGAUGACUCAAACGCUGGUGGUGCUUCCCGUCUUAUGUUAGCUCAAUCGGCCCCAACGAAGAGACGAAAGCCAACUCUCGGUGCACGUACCGCUAUAAGGAAUCCCAUCAACCGGAAUACUAAGAAGAAACGUAGACGCCGAAAGCGAUGCACUAUGGCAGCCAGUUCAAGUGGAGAGGAAAGUGAUUCCGCUGAUGAGUCUGAACCAUCUGAUCCUGAUUAUUAAUCUUCAUCGAAAUUCUCAACCAAUAGGCCAAUAGAUCUUGUUCACAAUUUGAAUAGCGCAUCAUGUGCAUUAUUCUGCAAGCAAAAAACUGAAACAAAUAACUCCCAGGUUUUUAAAAGUUUAUUCUGUAUUCGCUGAAUAAAAUAAUAUAUUAGUUUAUAUUUACCUAUCAUCCCUAUCCUCACUUUUGUAUCAAAGAUUUUAUUCGUCAUUUCUUUCCUUUAAUCAUGUAUUUUUUUUACUCCUAUGGCAGCUUGUCAUAUACAACGUUUGUUUUUGUAUAAUAAUAAUAAUAAUAAUAUAUGCUUUCAAUUUUGACUGCAAUGCUAACUAUGUUAUAUACAAUGUCUACCAGAAUGGAUCUUACUGUUGAUAAUGAUAUGUAUUAUUUAAUUCAUUCAGAUAUUGAGUUAGAUAUCUGAAUAUCGACAACAACACAAUAUGCUUUUAAUUGAAAUUACAUUCCCCGAAACAAAAUUAAUCAUCAUACUGUUUUAUUUGUUUUCGAUAUCUCUCACAGUCGAACGAGAUUUCAAUACACACGACUUACACAACUAACCUGAUGUGAUGAUAAUAUCAUUACUCUUUUCUUUUAUUUACAUGUUAUAAAUAAUAUGUAUUAUGUUAUAAUAUAAUAUAUUUCUAAUUUAGAAAUUUUAAUUUUGUAAAUAUGUAUAUUAUUUUCAUGAGAUUUUAUUUCCCAAUUUUUACCAUUCUUCAUUUUGACGAAAUUAUAUUUAUUUGCAAAUAUCCACUGCAUUAUUUCUAUUUAUGUACAUCACUUACGGAAGAAUUUGUUUUAUAUCUGCUAUGGAUACCUUUUGUAUAUAACCCAUCAGUUUAAAUUCUCACUUACUUACUUACUUACCUACUUACUUACUUACUUACUUAUCUAC